UACAUAUGAGGGCCAUAUUCAUUUCAUUACAGUUGCUUGGCAACACUGUAUAAACAUUUGUUCAGGUUAGAAUUUGGCAAUGGCUUUGGACAGUGGUGCUUCUAUUGUUUGUCCGACACUUGCAGUUCGUUCUAAUGUUGGAGUGGAAGUAUGGUCGUGCGAAAACUCGAGUUUGCAAUAUGCGUACAAAUCGGAUCUUCCUAAAGAAGACAGCAAAAAUUGCCGAUCUAUUUCUUUUAGUUCGGACGGUAGAUAUUUUGCUUAUUCAAAUGGAAAUGAAAUAAAAGUACUUCAGACCAACGAUUGGGCGGUUAAAUGCUCACUGCCUCGACCAAAAGCCUUCUACCUCAAAUUUUCUCCUCUUGGAAAUUACUUAUCAACAUGGGAAUUAUAUACUAUUACCAAAGAUAAACCAGAAGGAUCAUCCAAUAUGUUCAUAUAUGAACUCGGUUCUGGUUUGGAAAUGUUUGAUAUUGUGCAGAAAAAUCCUAAUGACUGGGAGCCAUCAUGGUCGUCUGACGAGUCUAUAUUGGCCAUAGUUAUAGGUGGUGAAGCACUGUUUUACGAGUUAUCGGGCGAUAUUAAAAGUUUUCAACGCUAUACUCGGAAAAUUGGUGGUAGCAGAGGUGCGGUAGUUUCGUUGUCUCCAGGAUCUUGUCCACCAUAUGUUGUUGUAUAUACACCUGGCAGUAAGGGAGGUCCAUCAAUGUGCAAGCUUUAUAAAUAUCCGUCGCUUUCACCAAAUCAAGCAAUAGCUUGCAAAAGCUUUUUUCAAGCUGAUCGAAUUGAUCUACUUUGGAACAAACGUGGUUCCGGGGUUCUUCUAUUGACGUCUACGGAAGUGGAUAAAAGUGGGGCAUCAUAUUAUGGAAAUCAGUCAUUACAUUUCAUGGCAACAAAGGGAGACUCUUGCUCAGUACCAUUGUCAAAAGAAGGACCUGUUCAUUGCGUUAAGUGGAGCCCGAAAGCAACUGAAUUUGUUGUAGUUUAUGGAUUUAUGCCUUCUAAGGCAACCCUUUAUAACUUGAAAUGUGAUGUUAUCUUCGACUUCGGAGAGGGUCCGAGAAAUUGUGCUUUCUUUAAUUCAUUUGGAAAUCUUCUAGCUUUAGCAGGUUUUGGUAAUUUACCAGGAAACGUGGAAAUAUGGGAUAUGAAGAAAAAAGAAAAACUGACGAAUAUAAAAUGCCCUGAUACAACAUACUUUGAAUGGAAUCCUAACGGAAUGUACUUUAUUACAGCCACAACAGCUCCAAGACUGCGAAUAGGCAACGGGUUUAAGGUGUACCACUAUUCAGGAUCAUUAGUUCAUGAAACUAUAUGGCCACAAGGACAAGAGCUUUUAGGAAUCGAAUGGCAAAAAUAUUCUGAAAAUCAAUUUAUAGAGCCAGUGUUAACUAAAAUAAAACCCGAAGGAAUUAAAUCAAGUUUACCAGAAGCAAGUAAAAAAGCAUAUACUCCACCUCAUCUUCGAAUGAUCAAAGAAGGAAAAGACCCAGAACAAUUUGUGCCACGUUCACAACUUAAAGUUAAUUCAACACAAACAGGUUUCCCAGUUGGCAGAAAAUGUGGUUUGAAAGCGAAUAGAAUAAAAAAUAAGAAAGAUAUGACCGUUGGAAAUAAUGUGACACCUACAACAAGUGCAGAAAAAGAAUUAAAAAACGGAGCUAAUUUAAAUGAUGAGCAGCUGAAUAACCAAAAUCGGAAGUACACAGGAAAACAAACUUUGGCCAAGGAAACAGAUUCAAAAAGUCCAGAAGGUCAAACAUCAAAAAAAUCUAACAACCCCGAGAAAGAGAAAAAAAUUCGUCACGUUGCAAAAAAAUUGUCCGACAUUAAAAAAUUGAAGUUGCGCCAAGAGCAGGGUGAAACCCUUGAGUUGAAUCAACUGAAUAAAAUUUCAAUGGAGGCAAAGUUCUUGGAAGAAUUGAAGAUCUUAAAGCAGGCUACAUAGAUAACACUUGAAACCAAGCACAUUUUUUAACUGCCACGUAUAAUCCAUAGCCGUUCAAAUUAUCUCAAAAUUAUUAAGGUUUGCAAAUAUGUAAAUGGAAAAUAUGAGAUUAAGCAAUAAUCUUUAUUUUGUAUUUACUUUUUGUAUGAUAGUGUACAAAACAUACUGUAAUCGAAAUAAUUUAAUCCAAAAACAAUAGAAACAAAUAUAUUCAUUGUAAACAGUUAUUAUUGACAAUAAAUUAAUGUUUGGUAUGCGGCCUUAUUCUUUAAAAUAAGCUUUUGUACAGCUGGACCGUGCAGUUCUUCCGAAAUUGUAUGUUGGGUAUAUUUUAAUUUAUCCCAUAUUUUUAAUUAGCUCCAAACUUAAAUGAGAAAUUCUUAGUUUUUAAACCGAUUAGAAUAUAAAAUUAUAUAACUUCGCAAAUGAAAUAAACAUUUUCAAAUUC